AUGGAUUUGUGUAUUCCCCUGCACCAAGGCGAUGUUCCUCUCCCCCAGCUUCUACGAACAACCAAACUGAAGACAGAAACUUCCGCCAUGGCAGAGAAACAGAGCCGCAGGUCCUCCUUGUCGGGGUCAAUAGAAACCCUCCGGAGCACCUUGACUGGGAAAUACGGUCUCAGGAAGAGUCCUACGUCGUCGUCCUACUUCACGACUAGUCGACGCAUCUCAUCUGUCGACUCAGCUACAGCUACUAUGCAGGUCAAGCCAGUAUCCAUCCCUCAAGACAAGGUCGAUGAGUAUAUUCACGGCAGGAAAGCACGCCGCGCCAUUGGUAAGAUCUCAGGCCCAUUAGCUGCGAAACACCGUCUGUUUAGCUCAGGCCACGAUGGGGAUAACCCUGAAGCCUCCCGGGAAACACAACCCCUACGCAUCCUACGGUUGACUUCUCGUUUAAAGCCUCUUCCGUUACUACCACGCAGUCAGACUACCGUUGGGAUCAGCCAGAGACCGAUACACUCGAGAAUUCCGACACCUUCUGAACCACCGAAGACGGACUUGUACUCGCACAUGGUAUAUCAGAGGGAGGGGAGAAGAAGUGUUCUAUCAUCCCUGGGGAAGCGAUGCACAGAUAUCCUAAGGAACGUGGACAAGAGUAGUCCGAGGAGCACAGAAAGCAAGAAGAGAGGGGGCGAAGACCUCGAUAGGCAGCAUGACAGAAGUCAAAUAAAUGAUGAUGGUCACGGUCGACUUCAGCAGAAAUAUCAUCAUCAUCAUCAUCAUCAUCAUCAUCAUGCGGUCAAAUCCGCUACAGAUGUAUGUGCGGACAAGGAACUGAAAUUUCCGCUGCAUACCCAGAGCACCAGAUAUAAUGCUCAAUGUAGCAACAUGCCCGUGAUUACCGUAAAGCGGCCGUCGACCCAAUACUCAAGAAAGGACUGGUCUUUCAAUGCAGAGACAGGGAACCGGGAACAAGUGAUACUCUCUAGAAAUGCCUUACAAGAUAAACGAGCUUCUCUACCUGCUGAAGGGCUGGUAGUGAGGAAAGUGCGAGCUGAGAGUAACAGCCAGCUCUUCCUACCUCGAUACUACCAGACCACCACCAGAGGAUCUUUGUGUGUCACAAACAUAAGCAACGAAGUAUCUACUGGAACUCGCAAAAUGGCAUCGCCAAAACGCAUCAGACUGACCCGCGGCUUCGAGAACCUGAAAACUCAAGACAAUGCACGGCCUAAACCCACCACACGUCCGUCGUACCCGAAGUCCAAACCUGAGAAAAGACAAAGCCCACAAAGGGCAAAGGACCGACCUAACCUUGUCAUAACGUCCCUUCAAAAAGAAGCAAGCGAGCAAAACGAGAAGUCGAACGCACCAACGAAUCGUUCUAUUCGAAGUCCAUAUUCAGGGAGGAUCCCCGUGCUAGCAGCCCAUAUCAGUGCGCGCCCUCAAGUCGAAAGAGCUAUGCCUCGACAGUACUGGUUGGGGCGCCUGGUUACCCUCACCAAUGCGUUUCAUUAUGAAGAUUCUUUCAAUGAGCCGGAUAUUGCAUCAGGGUUCGAAAUGCCCUCCAGCUUCACUCGUCCGUUCCAGCGUGCGGACGGUGAUCGCGCGGCCUAUCGCGUGAAACGGGCGUUUAUGUUAUAUCAGACGGUUUGGGGACCGGUGGAUGAAUUAAUGAAGGCUCUGUUCGAGUUCUAA